AUGUUUCAACAAUUGCUCCCUUGCGGUGACAGGAACCCGGAGAAAGGCAUUCACUUCCUGAUCACGCGUGGCUUCGUGCCCGACACGGCUAUCGGCGUGGCUCACUUUCUGCUGCAGAGGAAAGGCCUGAGCAGGCAGAUGAUUGGAGAGUUUCUGGGCAACAGCAAGCUGCAGUUCAACAGAGACGUUCUCGACUGCGUGGUGGACGAAAUGGAUUUCUCGGGCAUGGAGCUGGACGAGGCCUUGAGGAAGUUCCAGGCUCACGUGCGGGUGCAAGGCGAGGCGCAGAAGGUGGAGAGACUCAUUGAGGCCUUCAGCCAGCGCUACUGCAUGUGUAAUCCCGAUGUGGUGCAGCAGUUCCACAACCCCGACACCAUCUUCAUCCUGGCCUUCGCUGUGGUCCUCCUCAACACUGACAUGUACUCGCCCAACAUCAAACCGCAGCGCAAGAUGGGCCUCGACGACUUCAUACGCAACCUCAGAGGUGUGGACGACGGAGCAGAUAUCCCCAGAGAGAUGGUGGCUGGCAUUUAUGAACGAAUCCAACAAAGAGAGCUACGAUCCAAUGAGGACCAUGUCACCUAUGUGAGCCGGGUGGAGCAGUCCAUCCUUGGUCUGAAGACUAUCUUGGCCGUACCUCACAGACGUCUGGUGUGCUGCUGUCGUCUGUUUGAGGUUCCGGAUGCCAAUAAACCUCAUAAACAGAAAUUAUCACAGCUCCAGAGAGAGGUCUUCCUCUUCAACGACCUGCUCCUGAUCCUGAAGCUGUGCCCCAAGAAGAAAACCUCGGCUUCUUACACCUUCUGCAAAGCGAUGGGUCUCCUGGGAAUGCAGUUUCAUCUCUUCAGCAAUGAAUGUACAAUAAAUUCACACUUGUACAUAUCAGAUGCACCUGCAUGAUGUAAGCUAUAAACACCUUGGCU